AUGUAUGGACUGGACGAGCCUCAUCUUGAUAUCUUGACUCCUGCUUGGUUUUUUGUCUAUCUUGUUUCUAGUGACCAUGAUGAGAAUGCGUUUGGAUGGCAAUUGUUUCAUGAUCCACAGCGCAAUUUGAUCUAUUACUUGCACAAUUAUACGGGAGAAGUCCGAUGGCCACGACCAGAGACCGUGGGGUUUGUCAUGCAUGGACUCAAACCUUUACCUGCUUAUAGUGAACUCGAAGCUAAAACGGACAGUACCAGUGUCGAUCCUGACAUUUGGAGCCCAUACUACCCUCAUGUGGUAAUGUUACCCUCUGGUUUAGUUCAAGUCCAUCCUACUCCUGGUUCCAACACGCAAGGCACGACAGAAAUGUGGUGUGGAUACAAUCGAUUUCCACUGACACAUGUUGGAGAUCAUGAAGCACUUGCUGAGUCACACAGGAAAAAAGGACUCGAUAGAGUCGCGAUGCUGACGUCUGAACCGAGAAUCCUGCCACCUACAUGGGAAGAAUCACGCAGUGGGUCACCUUUCUUGCCUCCGUAUCCCGUAGCAAUCCUCAAACGUGAUGAUACAGAGGGCAAGCAUAACACUAUGCCAAGAUCACCUCUUCCCAGUCUUGACGAGCAGUUCCAUACGCCUGUAGUUGAGACUCUACACAUUUAUGAUCAUCUCAAGAACGGUGAUCUUGGACGAGUGCACGGCAUCGUGGACUAUGCAAUGGCCACGAGCCAAAAAGCGACAAACGCAACACCUGCUUUCAAACAUCCAGCUUGUCAAAAAGCGUUCCCGGCACCAAACACGGAGAAGAAGGAGCAUAAUCGAAAAGGAUAUCUACUUCGUCAGGCACGAAAAUUGAUGCGAGAGGGUGGUGGUAGUACACAAGCUAUAGCUUCAGCAUCAACGUCCAAGCAGCGUAAGAACCAGGAGACGGCAGUACCAACCAUGAUGAGACUCCAGCGUCCAGUGGAAGAGAACCACAAGAAUUGUACGGCUUAUAGAGAUGAGACGACAUUGCUAGUAUCACAAUGA